AUGCCCACGGCCCCAACAUCUUCGCCAGCUCUCAACAGCAAGCCUGCGCCCGUCCCGAUAGCCGGCGAUUUGUCCGGCAAGCUUGGAUGGUAUUACGCCCGCAUAUUUCCUGCUUCCCAAUUUACCCGAUGGCUUCGCUAUGGCAACGACGAUACGCUCUCGCGCAGGGAAAUAUCCUUCACCCUCCCUGGUGACAUCUAUCUCCGUUGGAAGUCCUUUCCCACUCCUAGCAAGCUUCUAGACUCCCUCAAGUCCCUCACACCAAUCAAGAUAGAUAUCGGCGCCAUCUACAAUUUCCCCCCGGCCGACAAGAACUCCGUUUCAGCCCCGCUUACUCCCAUGGAGAAAGAACUUGUCUUCGAUAUUGACAUGACCGAUUACGAGGACGUCAUGGGCGCUCUUGCCGGCGGUUCGGCUGUCGAGGUAUGCGACCGCAACUGGCCCUACAUGGCCACAGCUGUCAAAGUCAUCGACGCUGCUUUAAGGGAGGACUUUGGGUUUCGUCACAUUCUCUGGGUUUAUUCGGGUCGUCGUGGAAUUCAUUGUUGGGUCGCCGACGCACGUGCCAGAAGAAUGACAAACGAGCAACGCAGUGCUGUUGCCGACUUUCUCUACCUACGCUUCGAAGGCCGCGAGAACGCCGGGCGUCGACAAAACGAGGUAACAGUGCCUUUGCAUCCGAGCCUUGCGCGUGCUAAGCGAGUGGCAUGUGAGAAAACGUUUCGCCAGUUUGUGCUUAAUGAUCAGGGCAUGUUGGACGGGGAUGAGCGUUUGCGCAGAAUGCUAGCCGUGGUCCCCAAUGCUGCAGUUGCGGACGGUAUUUACCAGCGACUUGCAAGUAGUGCAGGACUCUCUGGACCGGAUAAAUGGGAUCGAAUUGAGAAAGAACUGUUGCGAGCUGGGAAAUCCGACUACGGCGUCAGGGCGACGGUGGACUACAUCAUGUUCAAGCACACAUAUCCACGGCUAGAUGUCAACGUGAGCAAGGAGAUCAACCAUUUGUUGAAGGCGCCGUUCUGCGUGCAUCCGAAGACUGGACGGGUCUGCGUUCCGUUCCGGGCGACCGAGGUGGACGGUUUCUUGCCCGGAGAAAUGGCGCCGGAGGUGGGAAGUUUACUCGCCGAGAUGAAGGAAGUAGACGGGGAGGUCCGGGGUUCGGGGCCAGCGUCGGAUUUGAUGUUAGAGGGCGUCAAAGUGUUUGAAGAGUUUGUCAACGCCGUCGAGGACGAGGCCCGAUCAGCGCAACGAAAGAAGAAAUUGGAGGCACUUGAUCAGCGACAGGCGGCUGAAUUAUUGGUUAGUUGACGUGUCCAGUAGAGAAAUCUGCAGAUUUGGAGCACGCUGGGUGACGUUGUGUAAGUCGCUUUCGUUUAAUUAUAACUGGGCAUUUAGUAAUUAGUAAACACCACGUGUAUCUUG